AUGUCCAGCACAGCCCGUGUGAAGCGCCCCUUUGCCGGCGCCUCGGCCGAUCCGUCCCAGCGCCAAAUCACUUCCUUCUUCGGGGCGCCGCAGUCCGGUGCCGCGCCGCACGCCGCCGAGUCCGCACGCCAGCAGCCCGUCCUACCGGCCAACGUCCAGUCGAACCUGCUAAGCGUCGGCAUGCGCAUCCGCAAGUCCGUCCCCGAGGGCUAUAAGACCGAAGGCCACAGUGCCUUCAAGCUCUGGACCGACAACACGACCCCCGACGCCCGCAAGGUUCGCGCCAGCGCCAGGGUCGCCUCGCGCGAGCUCCUUCCAUUCUGCGGCAUCAACAAGGUCGGCGGGUUCGAGUCGCAGCCCGCCUUCCGGCCCGACGAUGACGACGUGCCCGAUGAGGAUGCCGUUCCUGAGCUGACCAUGUCCCAAGAGACGGUCGACGGCAGCGAGACUGCUACCCCUUCCCGCAAGCGCAUCCUCGACGACGACGAGGACGCGCAGCAGCUCAACGGGGAGCUCAGCCCCGGCGGCCGCGUCAACGCUCGGCCCCUGGCCGUUCCCCGCUCUCGCAUGAAGAAGGGCGCCGCAGCCUAUCGAGGUGCUGGGCAGGAGAAUGUAAAAGCCGAUGGAGACUUUGAAGAUGCCGAGUUUCUUGUCUUUGAUGAAGAGCAAGACUUGAACAUGGUAGUUUAG